AUGGCUUGCCGUAAUAAAAUUUGCAAUCCACCACAAAAUGGAAAAGCGGAAGAUCUUCUAGAUCCAUGGGUAGAACCGGAUAUCAAACAAGCAAUGAAAGACAUGAUUUUAGACAACGAUACUUUGAAAAAAGAAAUGAAAUUGUUCAUGGAAAAUGUUGAUAGGGGCCUUAAAAGAGACACACACGACGCAGCAGUGAUUAAAUGUUUCCCAACAUUUAUUCAAGAUCUUCCUGAUGGGACUGAGAAAGGGAAAUACUUUGCUCUGGAUUUGGGUGGUACCAAUUUUAGAGUACUUCUAAUUAAUUUAGAAGAAGACAAAUGCGAAUCAAACAUUUUUGUAAUACCCGACGAAAUCUUAGUUGGUACUGGCACGAUGCUUUUUGAUUGUAUAGCUCAAUGCCUUGCAGAAUUUGCAAAUGCGCACAACGUACAAGAUGAUAACUUGCCAUUGGGUUUUUGUUUUAGUUUCCCGUGUGAGCAAAAUGGUCUAACUUCUGCAAUCUUGAAAAGAUGGACUAAAGGAUUUAACUGUGAAGAUGUAGUAGAUUCAGAUGUAGGAAAAUGGCUUAUGGAUGCCUUGGAACGCAGAGAUGAUAUAAAAAUUGACGUCUGUGCGAUUAUUAAUGAUACAGCUGGUACCCUAAUGGCUUGCGCAUGGAAGAAUCCUACGUGUCGAAUCGGGUACAUUAUAGGUACGGGCAGUAAUGCGUGCUACGUGGAGAAACUAUCAAAUGUUGAAAUGUAUGAUGGACCAGAUGAAGGUUCUGGUAGAAUGAUUAUCAACUUAGAAAUGGGUGCCUUUGGAGAAGAUGGGGCUAUAGAUUUUUUACGGACAGAAGAAGAUAAAAUCAACGAUAUGGAUAGUCUACACGUAGGCAAGCAAAUACAUGAAAAAUGUGUUUCUGGCAUGUAUUUAGGGGAAAUAGUCAGGCUGAGGACCCUUAAAUUAAUCAAGGGAACAAAGAAAACUGGUUUGAAAGCAAUUGGAAACAUUUUAAAGUCGACUUUAAUUUUUGAUUCAGGGGAUGCAUCUGCUUUUAAAAAAAAAGAUGUAUUUACAAGUGAAAUGAUAUCAGAAAUUGAAUCUGAUCCUGUUGGAACCUUUUCAAAAACGAAGAAAAUCCUACACGAAUUGGGAGUCAAAAAUCCUUCUGUUCAAGAUAUGUAUAAUUUCCGUUACAUUUGUCAAACAGUAUCGAGAAGAUCGGCACAUCUGGUAUCAACGUCUAUCUGCGCCUUGAUUGAGAAAAUGGGUGAACCGCAUGUGGUUGUCGCGAUAGAUGGUUCUGUUUACAAACACCAUCCACAUUUUGACCGCGUUAUGAGGGAGAAAAUUAAAGAACUUAUUGCUCCCGGAUUUACUUUUGAUCUUAUGUUGUCCGAAGAUGGAAGUGGCAGAGGAGCUGCAUUGGUGGCCGCUGUAGCAGCAAGAAAAAAAAGGGAAGAAGUAGUAUGA